UGUUAUAACCUCUGUGUUGUGCCAGUGACUGCUUUAAAUGCCGCAGGGCUUGUGUGUAUGAACACUUCACGUAAAUAAAGUUUGUGAAUGAUAAAAGUAUAACUGAGCUCUGCAAUUCAGUAAUUGGAUAAUUACAUUCGUUUGGAAUAAAUAGCAGCCAUGCUGCACGGCAAGGUACGGAUUUGGGCUUUCGUCUGCCUGCAUAUUUUUCUAAUUGUGCCCAACUUAUUAGGAGAAAAAGACAAGCAGGAUCCUGGUGUAGGCUGCCAGGAGCCAGACAUUUACAGGUGCCGCAGUAGCUUAGAGGACCACAUCGACAACAAGAGUUACCCUUCCUGCAUAAAAAAAAAGCUUUUGUGUGACGGUGGCAUUGACUGUUUCCAUGGAGAUGACGAGGAGAAUUGCACUAUCACCCCCUGUGCAAGGAAUGAGUUUGAGUGCUCCAGCAGCUCCAGGCCUCGCUGUAUCUCAAUCAGUUACAGAUGUGACGGUGAAAUGGACUGUGAGUUUGGCGAGGACGAGGCCUCUGAUGAAUGUCGGACAAUAACUAAAAAAGGAAGUUGGUCUAGAGGUCACUUUCCCAAGAAAGGCUCCUUGGUGGACACGUUCACUUGUCCUAACAUGUUCCGAUGUCCAAACACAUUUACAUGUAUCAACAUGACCAAACUCUGUGAUGGAAACAUAGAUUGCCCUUUGGAUAAUGCUGAUGAUGGAAAUCACUGUUUCAACAGAGCCUGUAAGAAUAAAAAAUGCCCUUCUGGUCGAUGUAAAGAAACAAGUAAAGGUCCAAAAUGUUAUUGUGAGAGUGGCAAAGAAUUCAAUGGAACACACUGCAUAGAUUUGAAUGAAUGUAAUUAUUCUGGCUUCUGUGACCAAAAAUGCAGCAACACUAUUGGUGAUUAUAGUUGUUCUUGUGUAUCAGGCUAUACACUGGUUGGUAAAGGCACUUGUGUAAUCAGUGCGAACCCACCUAGUCCAAAGUUUGGCUUGGCCAACUAUAUCAGUGCUCAGAUCUUGGAUCUAGUAUCCAAUGAACGUCUUACAGCCUUAAACUAUCAGGUCUAUGGGACAGAUGUGACAAUACUAGAUGUAGACAUCAAGAACAACUCUCUAUGCUGGCUAUCUAGAGAUUUUCAUUUGAUGUGCGCCAGUGCUUCCAGUGAUAGCCAGACGUGGGAAGUCAAGAUACAGUACUCAUUGUCAACUGUGAAAGACAUGGCCAAAGAUUGGUUGUCUGGCAACUGGUAUUUUACUGAUGACCAGAAAGAGCUCAUCUUUAUGUGUAUAGCCAAUGGCAGCUACUGUCAAAAUGUGCUGACCGUAGGAAUCAAGAGGCCUUACAGCCUGGCCAUUGAUGCCACUAGAGGAUUCCUUUUCUAUUCAGACUGGUUUUCUGAUGACUCUGCCAACAUUGGUCGCUUAGAUUUGGAUGGUAACAACCAGAGGUCAUUGGUUAGCUUCAAGAUUGUCCAUCCCAGGGCCUUAACACUGGAUGUAGCCAACUCACACCUGUACUGGGGAGACUCAUUCCUCAGUGUAAUUGAAAGGAUUGACUACAAUGGUAACAAAAGGAUGGUCAUUGCAAAGGGAGUUGAUGUGGCGAAUGUGUUUGGGAUAGCAUUGCUGGAGAACUUCCUCUAUGUGACCAACAGGUUCAACAACAGCAUCUUGCGCAUACACCGCUUCAACACUUCUGUGCCCAACAAGAUUGUGUUUAAAUCCCCCAGUAAACCAGGCAGCAUCAAGCUGUUUCACCCCAUAGCACAACCUUCAGUUAACCUAGAUGUGUGCGGUGCUGCCAAAUGUGAGCAUCUCUGUAUUCCUGUACCAGAUGGGAACUCAGUCAAAGCUAAAUGUCAGUGUAAACUAGGCUACAAGAGAGAUAACUCUGGCAAAUGUAUAAAAAGAACAACUGAAAAGUUUCUCAUGUUUGCUAACGGCCAGCAGGGAAUGAUACAUCUUAUAUCCACUAAUAGUUCUGAAGGAGGAGUCGACGUGUACCCUCCAAUUUCCAAUCUGGUACGCCCUCAUGCUGUGGACUUUGAUUCUUUCCAAAGCUUUGUGUAUUUCUUUGACAUUGCCAAGCCCUCCCUGAUGCGGAGGAAGUUUAAUGCAGAAACUGAUCCAGAGCCAUUCUUGACCUCAGGUGUUAAAUGUGAUGGUCUUGCGGUUGACUGGAUUGGAAGAAACAUCUACUGUGCAGACAGCAGUAGAAAUGAGAUUGUGGCCAUCAGCCUCCGCAACAGUAGUCACAUCUUUGUUGUUUUAAACUCCACACAGUUCACUCAUCUCAACCCAAAGGCUCUUGCUGUGGACCCCAGGAAAGGAAAAAUCUACUGGACCAACUGGCUGAUCUCCUCUGAAUCUGGCAAGUCCAGCAUUAACUGGCUAAAUAUGGACGGCUCUGCUUGGGGUGUCAUCCAGGACACUGGCAUCCAGUGGCCCAAUGGGCUUGUGCUAGACCCUGCGACUGAGACUCUCUACUGGACUGAUGGAUACUAUGAUAGAAUUGAAUCCACUUCAACUGAUGGAACCAGGAGAAAAAACAUACUGAACUUUACCAGCAAUAUGCACCCCUAUGGCAUAGCUUUAUAUAACAAUAAACUGUACUGGACAGAGACCACUAACGGCAGCAUUAUGGAAAUGGAUCUGGCCACAAAGCAGAUUUCCUUUUACCGCAACAGCAGCGCACCUCUUUUUGAUGUCAAAAUGUAUGAUUUUGAUGCUCAGCCACAAGAUCCCAAUCAUGGCUGUUUUAAAGAGAGCAGCUGCAGUGACUUGUGUUUGGUCAACACUUCAGGUGCUGCUGUCUGUAAAUGUUCUGCAGGAAGAGUGUAUGAUGGCAGGCAGUGUGCAGGUAAUGUGGCAUUCAGGGGAUGUCACAAUAUACAGUUCCAGUGCAAUGAUGGGGAAUGCAUUCACAGUGCCAAUACGUGUGAUGGCAAAUAUGACUGUGGUGACAAGUCUGAUGAGGAUCUAAAUGGAGUAUGUGCAGUGAAGCAGUGUGACUCUGAGACCAUGUUCAGGUGCAACUCUUCAAGGUGUAUCUACCUGCAGUACAAAUGUGAUGGGGAAGUGGACUGUGAGCAUGGAGAGGAUGAGGACAUGGACCAGUGCUCAGUUCACACGUGUGGUGUUGGCUACAGCCAAUGUAGUAAGUCUCGUCAAUGUAUACCAGACUCUUGGUUUUGUGAUGGAGAAGAAGAUUGUUCAGAUGGUUCUGAUGAAGAUGCCAAUCACUGCUGCUCCAAGGGAAGUUGUGACAGGAAGUGUGCCGCAGAUGAAUACAAAUGCCUGAGUGGUAACAAGUGCAUCAAGUAUGAGUUCAGGUGUGACAAUGAGUAUGAUUGUCCAGACAAUUCGGAUGAAAUAGAUUGUGGAGAAUGGUGCGACCCUGUCAAAGAGUUCAAGUGUGCGAAUGAAACUAAAUGCAGGCCCAAAAUUUACUUGUGUGAUGGAGAGAGGAACUGUGCUGAUGGAACAGAUGAAAAAAACUGCACAAAGCAGGAGAGGAUUUGUCACAAAGAUGAAUUUGCCUGUGGUUCUGGGCCCUGUAUCAAGAUGAUGUAUCGUUGCGACAACAAGACGGACUGCUUUGAUGGUUCUGAUGAAGUUAACUGCUUGGCUAACAUGACAGUCAAGAGCUGUAGUCGCCCAGACAAGGAGUUUGCUUGCCAUGAUGGUAAACAGUGCAUAGACAAGUUCUUCAGGUGUGAUGAUGACUUUGACUGUGAUGACAAGUCUGAUGAGCUAGACUGCACCAAGUGCCAGUCCCCUAACUUUGCGUGCAAGACUCAUACCUCCAUGUGUAUCCCACCUGAGAAACUGUGUGACAACAGAAAUGAUUGUCCUGAUAGCUCGGAUGAAGGAAGACUUUGUGAAUAUGACAUGUGCAUAAACCAUGACUGUCAAGGAACCUGUCACAAAUCCCCUGAGGGCUUUGUGUGCUCCUGUCCAGAGAACCAGAGACUGAGGCCUGACAACAAGACUUGUGCUGCCAUAGACUCUUGUGAGAAGUGGGGCGUUUGCAGUCAACUUUGUCAGCAGACUGUCAAGGGACAUAAAUGUCAAUGUAGUCCAGGCUACACCCUGCAGUUAGAUCAAUACAGCUGUAAGCCCAAUGACCCUGUGCCAGUGUACAUAAUCUUUGCCAAUCGCCAUGAGAUCAGACGUUUGAAUGUCCGGAACAACUCCAUGGUUCACCUGGUAUCUAACCUUCAGAAUGCCAUUGCCUUGGACUUUCAUUACAACCAGUCUCUAGUCUUUUGGACUGAUGUCAGCAAUGAUAAAAUUUACAAAGGAGAGAUCAAUGCCAAUUCAGCUGUCACAAAGAUAGAGCCCAUCAUUGAGUUUGGCCUGGCCACCACUGAAGGUUUGGCAGUGGACUGGAUUGCCAACAACAUCUACUGGGUGGAGAGUAACCUUGACCAGAUUGAAGUGGCCAAACUGGAUGGAUCACAAAGGGCCACUCUGAUAGCAGGGAACAUGACCAGCCCUAGAGCCAUUGUACUUGAUCCAAGAGUGGGAAAGCUGUUUUGGACUGAUUGGGAUGGUUCACAUCCUAGAAUUGAGUCAUGCUCUAUGGCUGGUGAACCUGAGACUCGCAUGGUAGUGUUUGACAUUCGCAACUACAAGGGAGCUGGUUGGCCUAAUGGGUUAGCUUUGGAUUACGAGACGAAACGUCUGUAUUGGGUUGAUGCAAGGUCCGACUCCAUCCAUAGUGUCUUGUACAAUGGCAGUGAUCAUCGCCUGGUCCUUAAAUCCCACAGAGCAUUGAACCAUCCUUUCUCUCUGACAGUGUUUGAGCAUUAUGUCUACUGGACAGACUGGAGGUUCAAUACACUGGUUAUGGCCAACAAAUUUAAUGGUUCUGAUGUGACAGUCCUUCACAGAACCUACCAGCAACCAUUUGAUCUACAAGUGUAUCACCCUAAACGACAACCUCAAAGUCAGAACCCAUGUCUCAAUAACAAAUGCAGUCACCUGUGUCUGAUUGGAGACAAAAUCAAACCAGUCUGUCGCUGUCCUCACAGGUUUAAGAUGACCAGUGAUAAUUUAAGAUGUGAAGAAGACAACACUUUUCUACUGUUCACAAAGGAGAAUGAGAUCCGAGGAGUUGACCUAGAUAAUGCCCACUACAAUGUCAUUCCAUCCAUCACUGUGCCGUUUGUGGAGAAUGCUACCACUAUUGACUAUGACGUGGCAGAUGAGCGCCUUUACUGGACAGACAUGAAAAAGAAUGUGAUCACUAGUGCUUACCUGAAUGGAACAGGAAUUACUACAGUCAUAGACUCAGGUCUGUCCAAUCCUUCUGGUUUUGCCAUUGACUGGGUGUCCAGGAACAUGUACUUCUCCUCUUAUACUGAUGUGGCUGGCUACAUCUCAGUAGCCAAGCUGGACGGUGCCUUCCGUAAAGAGAUCUACAGAUCAGAUGCCAAAAGUGUAUCCAAACCGAACUCUAUCGCCAUACACCCAUCUGAGGGUAUCAUGUUCUGGUCAGACAUGGGAGGUAACACCAUCUGGAAGGCAGAUAUGGAUGGCAAGAAGUUCCAUGAGUUUGUGACUGUUUCUAACAAGGGAGCACAAAAACCAGCCAGUCUAACUGUGGACAUAGAUACCAACAGAUUGUAUUGGAUUAGUCGAGGUGAGAAGGCCAUUUUCUGGUGUAACAUCUCAUUGUCCAUCUGCAAGCCCACCUUGGACCAGAACAUCCCUAUUGAGGACCCCAUCUCCAUGGCCCUCUACACACCAGAGAAGCCAGGGGGACAGGGCAGGGACAAGAUCUUCUUCUAUGCCAACAAUACCUACAUUAUCAAGAAUGAGAAUGGGAACCAAAAAACUUUAAGAGAAGAUGCCCAGAACGUUUAUGACCUGAGAGUUUAUGACCCCAAGAGCAGGAAAGAAAUUAAAAAUAAUUGUGCCAUCGCCAAUGGAGGCUGUGAGCAGCUAUGUUUACCAAAACCCAGUGAAGGGAUAGUAUGUGAAUGCACAGUUGGUUACAAGACAGUCAAUGGCAGCAAAUGUCAAGGCAUAGAGACAUUCAUCCUGUACACUCAAGCAUCUGAAAUACAUGGAAUGACCUUGGACUUAAAUGGCAGUGUGCCAGCCUUGGCUUCCAUCUCCAAAAUCUCUAGAGCUACAUCAGUGGACUUUCAUGCAGGUAAUGGACAGAUCUAUUGGGUGGACAGUGAGCUCCGGGUCAUAUCUCGUAUCAAGAGGGACCUUAGUGGACGAGAAGUGAUUGUGUCACAGGGCAUUGCUGGUGCAGAGUCCCUUGCAGUGGACUGGAUAGCUGGUAAUAUUUAUUGGACUGACCAAGGACACAACACGAUUGAAGUGACCAGGCUGGAUGGCAGUAAAAGAUAUGUGGUGCUUCAUGAUGACAUUGAGAAGCCUCGAUCAAUUGUUGUGCAUCCUAUUAAAGGAUUUCUGUAUUUUGUCAAUGGGGUGAAAGACCCGAGAAUCGUAAGAGCUCGACUGGAUGGCUCAGGCAGGAUAGACUUUGUGAAUUCUAUGAAUUCUACAGACAGACAGAUUAAAGGGCCUACUGGCCUAGCACUUGACUAUGAAACAGGGGACCUUUACUGGUGUGACAAAGAUCGUGAUGUCAUUGAAAAGGUUACUGAGAGUGGGGUCAGAUCUUUAGUUGUCACCACCAACCUGACUGACUGCAGUAGUCUUGCAGUCCACAGAGAGAAACUUUAUUGGGCAGAUAUCACUGACCUUCAAGGCUCCAUCAAGUUCAUCAACAAAACUUCCAACACUGGUAAAGACUACAAUGUCUUAAAGUCUAACAUCACCAAGUUGAAGGACAUCAAGGUGUUUGACAUCAGGGUACAAUCUGGUUCAAAUCCUUGUGGGUUCAGAAAUGGUGGCUGUGAGGAACUGUGCUUGUUCAGGGGUGGUAAAAACUUCACCUGCGCUUGCUCACAUGGUAAACUGAUGAACAAUGGCAAAAACUGUACAGAAUAUGACUCAUUCUUAUUGUACUCUGAGAUAAACGCUUUGAAGAGCUUGGUCUUGGCCAACAGCACUGACCAGAAUGCCCCUCGGCAGACCAUUCAGAAUGACACACACAUGAAGAAUGUGAUAGGACUGGCUUUUGAUUAUGCAACACAAAGAAUUUUCUUCAGUGACAUCCAGCAGGGCAACAUCCAGUCUGUGUUCUUCAAUGGCACAGGAUUCACACUCAUUCUUGAAGGUAUUGGUUCUGCUGAAGGUUUGGCAUUUGAUCCACUACAGCAGCAUCUGUAUUGGACCAGUUACUCUGGGUCUAACAUUAACAGAAUUUCCUUCCAUGGAAACAAGCCUAAGAAUGAGGUCUUCUUUCAGCUUGAGGCCCUUGAUCAUCCCAGAGAUAUUGUAAUUAACUCGUGCAUAAGGAGGGUCUUUUGGACCAACUGGAGUGACCGCCGGCCAUCCAUUCAGGCUGCAGCCUAUGACAGCGAGGGUAAGACCAACAGCACGCAGUCCAUUAUCACUGACAGAAUUCGGACUCCCAAUGGGCUGACCAUUGACCACAAAGCUUUGAAGUUGUAUUGGUCAGAUGCAAGACUGGACAAGAUAGAAAGAUGUGACUUUGAUGGGAGCAAUAGGAUAGUGAUAGUCACAUCUAUACCCCAACACUCAUUUGGCCUUGCUGUGUAUGGAGACUUCCUGUACUGGACUGACUGGCUGCUAAGAGCUGUCAUCAGAGCCAAUAAGUAUGAUGGCUCCCGAGUGACCUGGCUCAAGCAGAACAUCCCUCGUCAGCCGAUGGGAAUUAUCGCAGUGGCUAAUGACACUGAUGACUGUAAAUUGAACCCAUGCUAUGAGAAUUCGUUUGGUUGCUCUGACAUUUGUAUAGUGAAUGAGAGAGGUGAUGCCACUUGUCAAUGUGGAGAACGCAAAAAACUUCUUCCAGAUGGGAAAAGAUGUGUCUCGGAGUCUGUGCAGAACUGCGCCAAUGAUGACUUUGUCUGUGAAGAUGGCAGCUCCUGUAUCCAGUAUGAAAGGACUUGUAAUGCCAUAUCCGACUGCUAUGAUGCAAGUGAUGAGUCGCAGGAGUUUUGCAGUAAGAGGAAGUGUCCAGCACACUUCUACCAGUGUCAGAAUAGCACUAGGUGUGUUAAGACCACCAAACUCUGUGAUGGCCACAGUGACUGUGAGGAUGGCUCAGACGAGCUCAACUGUGCCUGCAAUGAGAAUGAGUUCCGCUGCAGUGACGGCAUGUGUAUCCAAGCUAAAUACAGAUGUGAUUUUGAUGGAGACUGUCCAGACUUGUCUGAUGAGCUGGGAUGCAACAAAACCUGUUCAGAAAUGCUGGGCAACUCUGACCUGGUGCCUUGCAAUGGCACCUCUAUGUGUAUUCUGCCUGGCUGGAUCUGUGAUGGCUCUAAUGACUGCUGGGACAACAGUGAUGAGGCCAACUGUAAACCCAAAAUAUCUCAAGCUGGCUGCUCCUCUAACUUUGUCUGCAGUGAUGGACACUGUAUCCUGCCCCAGUGGAAAUGUGAUGGAGAAAUUGACUGUGGGGAUGGAUCUGAUGAGAAGAAUUGCUCUUGUAUUUGUGAUGGGGAAGAAGGCUGCCCAGAAGGAAAUGAUGAGCAAAAAUGCUGUAAAGAGUACCAGUUCAGGUGUAAUGAUGGCCGGUGUAUUGCCAAGGAGUGGGUCUGUGAUGGUGAUGAUGACUGCUCUGAAGGAGAGGAUGAAAAGGUGGCUGGAAGAACAGACUGUCACCAUGAAGAGUGCACUAAAGUACAGUUCCAGUGUUUGAAUCACAGAUGUAUUGACCAGAAGUAUUAUUGUGAUGGGGACAAUGACUGUGGGGAUAACUCUGACGAGUCUCCAUUCUGCUCUAAAUACCAUGGCCAUUGCACUGAGGAAGAGUUCCUCUGUGUGCGUGAUCUCGUCUGUAUUGAGGCCAACAAGCGCUGCAAUGGCCACGCAGAUUGUACUGACCGCUCUGAUGAAGAAGACUGCCCCAUGUCAAAUGAGGAUUCUGGACCCUGCCCUCUGCAUCACUUCCAGUGUAACAACAGGCUGUGCGUCAAUGAAUCGCUACUGUGUAAUGGGAAUGAUGACUGUGGAGAUCACUCUGAUGAGCCUUCUGUUUGUGGCAUUGAUGAAUGCAAGUCCAAGAGACCAGUGUGCAGCCAGAACUGCAUAGAUAAAAAAAUUGGUUACGAAUGCAGAUGUUAUCCUGGCUUCCAGUUUCAAGAUCUGCCAGAGAAUUUGACUACCCAGGCCAAUAACAGCCAGAGAAUGCAAAACAGGAAGUGUGUUGAUAUUGAUGAGUGCUCUACACUACACCCCUGCAGUCAUUUUUGUACCAACUCUGUGGGCUCCUACAAGUGCAGCUGUGCAGAAAAUUACAAACUGAUGAGUGAUGGGAUCUGUGCAGUGGCUGACGGAAUUGAAGUUCAACUGCUGGUGUCCAACCGGUUCUAUUUGAGACUCAUUGGGACCAGCAAAAACAAUGUGACCACCUUCACCAGUGAGCUGAGGAACUCUGUAGCUGUGGACUAUGACUGGAAGGAGCAGAUGGUGUACUGGUCAGACAUUACUAAUGAUAAGAGUAGCAUCUCCAGGAUGGGAUAUAACUUUAUUAACAAGACUAGGACAGGGGAGGAGCAACCCCUACACAACAACACGGUCAGGAAUCCAGACGGCCUGGCUGUAGAUUGGGUUGGACGCAACCUGUACUGGUGUGACAAAACUACAGACACCAUCGAGGUCUCUAAGCUCAAUGGAGAUUACAGGAAAGUCUUACUAAGACAAAAGCUGCAAGAACCAAGGGCAAUUGAGGUCUUCCCCCAGAAAGGCUACUUAUUCUUCACUGACUGGGGCAAUAGUCCACACAUCAGCCGCAUGAACAUGGAUGGUACUGGGCUGAUACAGAUUGUGAAUGAAAGCAUAGCCUGGCCUAAUGCUCUCACCAUUGACUAUGUCACUGAGAAGAUCUACUGGGGUGAUGGCAGCUUAGACUACAUAGCCAUGGCAGACCUUGAUGGAUCCAACUUCUCGUACAUCAUCAGAGACAAUAAAAAGAUCCCUCAUGUGUUUGCUCUGGGCAUUUUUGAAGGUAUCUUGUACUGGACUGACUGGGAGAAGAGCAGUGUCAUGUCUGCAGCCAAAUUUUCUGGCAGCAACAUCACCAGGAAAAUUGAUUUUGUUCAGAGGCCAAUGGAUAUUCAAGUAGUCCACCCACUCAGACAGUUGCCUGUUGUAGACAAAUACAACAUGUCACCAUGUGAUUACAAACAAUGUACGCACUUGUGUCUGCUGAGACCUGCUCAGUCAGGCACUGGUGUAGAUGCUGUGUGUGCUUGUCCUGAAAACCAUUACUUGGCAGAAAAUGGCAAAAGCUGUAUUGCCAACUGUACAAGUUCUCAGAUAUUGUGUACAGCUAAUUCCAAGUGUAUACCUUUCUGGUGGAGGUGUGACAAGAGCCAUGACUGUCCAGAUGGUAGUGAUGAAAGUGAUGAUUGUGGGGAAUACUACUGUAGUGAGUCUGGAUUGUUUCAAUGUCAAAACGCUACUUCAGCCAAAGAUUGUGUUUUGCCUAAUCAAAUCUGUGAUGGGAGGGCCCAGUGUCCAGACCAAUCUGAUGAAUUCAACUGUGCCAACUACACAUGUAUGGAGCAGUACAGCAAGUGCCAUAAAGACAACAUCUGUAUUCCCAACUUUAAGUUUUGUGAUGGACACCCUGACUGCUCUGAUAAUGAGGAUGAAAAGUCUUGUGCUAUAACAGAAUGUACCGCCAACCAGUUCAAGUGUUCCAAUGGCCGCUGUGUCCCUUAUGUCUGGAAGUGUGACAAUGAUGAUGACUGUGGUGAUGGCAGUGAUGAGCCAAUGGACUGCAAGACAUCACACUGUCCCAAAGAUUUCUUCAAGUGCAACAGCACUGGUCGCUGCAUACCAGAAUCCUGGAAGUGUGAUGGUGAUAAUGACUGCAGUGAGCAUGACACAUCAGACGAGGACGCUGUUGAAUGCAGUGCACAGACUUGUGAGCCAACAUUUUACCGCUGUAAAAAUGGCCACUGCAUUCCAGGUCGUUGGAAGUGCGACUUCCAUGAUGACUGUCGGGAUGGUAGCGAUGAAAUGGACUGUGUGGUUCAGAAAUGCUCUGACAAUCAGUUCCAGUGCACAUAUGGCAAGUGUAUCCCCUUGAGCCUAAAAUGCAAUAAUGUCUUUGACUGUCUAGAUAAAAGUGAUGAAGUUGGCUGCGGUGACAAAUGUAAUAAUAGCACCCAUUUCAUGUGUAAGACCAUCCAACACUGCAUCCCUCUCAAGUGGAAGUGUGAUGGUGAAACAGACUGCGCUGAUGGCACUGACGAGAUCCAUUGUGAACGCAACUGUACAGACAAAGAGUUCAAGUGUAAUAACUCCCAGUGCAAACCUAAAGACUGGCAGUGUGAUGGCGAUGAUGAUUGUGGAGAUAACUCUGAUGAGGAUGUCAAAUUGUGCUCAACAUUUGACUGCCCGCCUGACAAGUUCCGAUGUGGUAAACUUGAGGGCCAACCUAAAUGCAUCUGGCCAAGCAUGCUGUGCAACCAGCACAAGGACUGUCCAGGGGGAGAGGAUGAAGAUAUCAGUCUCUGCUCUGUUGUCAACGAGUGUAUGCAACCAAACUUCAUCUGCAAAUCCAAGACCCAGUGCCUGCUGCCCUACAAACAGUGUGAUGGGGUUAAAGAUUGUAUGGAUGGCUCGGAUGAGGAUGAGAAAAUCUGUGCUCAAAUGUCAGUCAACAAAACUGGAAGCUGUUCCAUUAACAAUGGUGGCUGUGAACAUAUGUGUAAUGAAAUGCUUCAUGGGCCAAAGUGUGAGUGCAGAAAGGGCUACAUCCUUGGUCAUGAUGGGGCCUCAUGUUUAGUCAACAAUCCCUGUAAUUACUACAACACUUGCUCCCAGCUUUGUGACUUCAAUGCUGGUCAAUAUCAGUGCUCCUGUGAUGUUAACUUUGAAGCUGUACAUUUCCUACGUAGAUCAUGUGUGGCUAAAGAUGGUUCAGAAGCUCAACUCUUGAUUGCUGAAAAGGGAAAUAUAGAACUGAGAACUAAACUCCACAGUAAUGAUGACACCAUGAAGCAAACUCCUAAGAUUGAUGAAACCAGCAACAACAUCAUAACAUCAGUAGAUGUAGACAUUGAGAACAAUUACAUGUUUUACAUCAACAAAACCUUAAAUGAAUACUUUCUGGUCAGAAAGAGAAUGAACAUUGCUGCUAUUGACCUGAGGCGGAAAAGACAAGCAGCAGAAGAUACUAAAAUCCUGUACUUUCAAGACCGUCAGAUGUUUGAAAUGGGAGGCCUGGCAUUGGACUGGGUAGCCAAAUAUAUUUACCUGACAGACAUAAGUAACAGGCAGAUUUAUGUUUUCAACUACAAUGGCACAAGGAGUAAAAUCCUGGCCAAAGGAAACAUGAGGCAUCCCCUGGCUAUAGCAGUGGAUCCCAAAGCAGGAUAUGUUUUCUGGGCUGAUGCUGGAUCAAUCUCCAAAAUAGAGCGGUCUAACCUAGACGGUUCUGGAAGAGUGACCAUUGUGUCCUCAGAGGUUGUCUGGCCAUCCAGCAUCACUGUGGACCCCAUUGGUCAGUGGCUGUACUGGGCAGAUAUUAAGAAGCACACUGUGGAAGUAUCCAAAUAUGAUGGCACAGGCAGGCAGAUAGUCUUCAGUGCUGGUGAAGAUCCUCCUAUGGCUCUGGAUGUGUUUGAAGACUACAUCUACAUACUGACCUACAAGAACAACACUGUGAUCAAGGUGAACAAGUUUGACAGGAAUCCUGCAAACAUCUUCUUUACCACCAGCACCGCCUGGGACAUCCUGGUAUUGCACCAGUAUAAACAGCCAAAGUUUAGCUCCAACUGUACUGGAGCCAAUAAGUGUGAGCCCUCAGAAAUCUGUUUCAACAAGCCCCAGGACCCCAAAGGUUUUGUCUGCCUUUGUCCAGAUGGAGCUAAGAAAAUAGGGGACAAAUGUGACUUCCAGAAAAAUCCUGGCUGUGUGGUGAAUUAUUGCAAAAACAAUGGCACUUGUGAGCUGACCAAAAUAGGCAACAAACCAAAAUGCAGUUGUGAAAAUGGUUUCCAUGGUGACCAGUGUGAGCAUGAUGCCUGCUAUGGCUACUGCCUGCAAGGGAAUUGCAGUUUGUCUGGGUCACAGCCCACAUGCAGCUGUUUCAACAAUUUUUCUGGCACCAGAUGUGAUAAGUUUGUCUGCACAAACUAUUGUCAAAAUGGUGGACUCUGUAGACCAAUAGAGGGAAAGCCUGUCUGCUUCUGUCCUGCUUCCUACACAGGAGAGAGGUGUGAGAAAACAUCAGAGGAUUGGUGCUCAUUGUCCUGCAAGAAUGGAGCCACGUGUAGCAAAGAAAAGUCAGGCUACCAUAUCUGUAACUGUGCUCCUGGAUUUACAGGUAAACGCUGUGAGCAUUGCCUCGACUUGUCCUGCAACAACAAAGGAGUGUGCUACAAAGACAAAGACACUGGCAAGUCAAAGUGUGAAUGUCUUAAAGGCCUUGAGAGCAGCACCAAUUGUGCCACGGCAGUCAACUGUACCACUGUAUGUCAGCUGGGAAACAAUAUUUUCCCAGAAGUGUGUGAUUGUAACUGUCCACCUCCAUACUAUCUGUGCAAGUCGUGUGAUCGCCAGUGUGGAGAAAACUACAAGUGUAAUCUGGAUAUAGACAAACGACCAACAUGUGUCUGUGAUGAUAUCCAUGAAGGUGUCAACUGUGAGCUUUGUAAGUGUCAGCCAACUGGUCAGUGUAGUCGAGAUCAAAAGAAACAACCAGUUUGCAACUGUAGCAUGGAAACUUUUGGCAAGUUUUGCCAGUACCACUGCAUAGGCUCCUGUGGGCCCAACGGCCACUGCACCCAAUGUGAACUCAAUACCACAACACAUAAGACUCUGUGUACGCCUGGCAGGUGCAUAUGCAAUCCAGGUUUUGAUGGACCAUUGUGUCAGGCUAACUCAACCUCAGCAGCAACACAGGGAGCCUCAGGUCCUGCCAGUUCACUGACCCUUGUUGUUGUCAUAGUCGUGACCAUCAUAGGCUUGUUCAUCGUAGCGUCAAUCAUUUUCCUGGUCUAUAGACAUAGAAAGCGGAGAUUGUCUCAGUAUGGACAUAAACGUAUGAACGACAGCAACUUGAAUGUGACAAAUCCUGUGUACAUGAAGAAUCACGUAGAGGAAGAUGAUGAGUGUGAACCUUUGAGCGGAGGUGGAGUUAUAUUUACAGGCCACAAUGGCAACAACUUUGACAGUAACAUGUAUGAUGUGUAUUCAAGUGACAGCACUCAAAAGUUACUGUCAUCCAGUGCACCAGAGGAAGAGAUGACCAUUACCUACUCCAGCGGUGUUAACGACAGGGGAAACCACACAGAGGAACCAAGGGCAACUAUUGCGUAGCAGCAUGGGAGCUCUGGGAACAAAUUAGGAAGUCACUACAUGCACAAGUGUCAGUGUCAGACUUGACUGUGUGUGUGUCUUCAACUGGUGAUAUAUUCUAAAAAUUAAAAAAAUCCAAUGGAUUGUGUUUUCUUGAACAUAUAAGUAUUUCUAGAUCUGCAGCUAAUGGGUGUGUGGCUGACAUGAGUGGUUGUCUAUAUUGGCUCUGGUUGACUUGGGUGCUUAUCUGUACUGAAUGUGGUUGGUGUGAAAGGUUGUCAGUAUGUGAUCUGGUGAACAUAUGUGGUUUAGUGUGGUUAAAAAAUUGAAUGUAUACAUAUAUAUAAAUCAUGUUUCAAAGAGACUACUCUAUGCCUGGGAACACAUUGAUCAUGAUGAAAGACUGAUCUAACAUGCAUUGAAUUUCUUGUCAUAAUCUCUUGUACAUAGAUAUUUCUUACAUGGAGACUUGGAUUAGUUGUGUCUCUAAAGACAUUGAGUUUAUUUUAUUGUGAUGCAGUUGUGUGCAGUGUAAUAGCCAUACAUAGUUCUUAUUUUCAAAGGUGUAUACAUAUACUGGUAGGCUGGCUGUAUGAAUCCAGGGCAGGCCAAGUGAAUUUUGUGGCCACAAAUAAAAUAUUUAAAUAAAUACUAGAAACAGCAAAAAAAUAAAAUUACACAAUUUAUUUAAAACCUACCCCAUCUAUAUCUAAAUCAACAAAUGACUGAAAUUCAUGAGUUGCAGAAUUAGUAAACAUAGAGUCCUACUGCUCUACUAUGUUUCAGAUCUGAUCCAAGUUUCACAAUUUUUCCUCAAAAUUUUUUUAGUCCUGUGCGAAGCCUAGUUUGGUCUAUGCCUAAGGCCAGCCCUGAUGAAACCUACCUACAUGGCAGUACUGUAUUGUAUUGGUCACUGCGACCUGGUUAGGGAAAAAUACAAAUUACUUAUUGCCGAAAAUUAUUUUUUUAGCAACAGUUGUUGAUUUUUUAUUUAUUAUUGUGGAGAAUAUGAAUAUUUAAAUGUACAAAUAUGAUGUUGGUACAAUUUCUUCCUAUGUUGUUAAGUGUAUGAAAUCAAUUAUUUCUUGUAGAUGUGUCCCAAAAUGUAAUCAAACUUUCAAAUAUUGCUUCCUUCAUUGAUUACUUGAUAAUUUAAUUUCCAUUGUUGAUACACAACUGUUAAUCUACUUCAACCAGUUUCUGACAGUAUUGAUUUGUUUCUGGAACAACUAAUGAGAAUAACAAAAUGUUGUUAUUUUGUUAGCUCAUAAAGAAAUUGUUCAUUUCAGUUAGUUUUUAAAUGUGUUUUUUUUUUAAGCUGCUAAGUAAGUCUACCAAAAUGCUCUAAUUUAUCUUCCAUUGCAGUGUUAGCCAGGAAACUGUGUACAAAUUAUGAGCCUGGUGUGUGUACAUAAACAAAAUGAACAUAUAGACCAUAAUCUGUGUACAUAGAUGUUAUUUACACACAGUUGAUUUAUGCCCCGUUUGAAGUUAGCCCCCACUUUGUAUUUAUUUGUCUCUCUUUCUCACCUCUCCCACCCCCAGCCUCACUCCUCUCCCGCCCUAAGCCUCUCAGCCAUCAUCAGUCAAGUGUUUCUAUUCCAAUUGAUUGUAGAACAAAGUAAAGCUGCUGAUAAAUCCCUGAACACUUUCCAGCUCAGCCCUGCUAACUUGCUACUGGAGGCAUGCAUUUACCACUGAUCUAUAAGCCUGCUUCCCCCCCCCCCCCUUUUUUUUUUUUUUUAACACAGUUAUAAAUAGAACACAUAUUUCAUGUAUAUUGUCAUUGUGUGAUCCCUGACUUUCUAUUUCUAUUGGUGGAAUCGGAUAAAUGUGCUUGUUUGCUGGAGUGAUGCAAGUGUGAACUCAUCGGUUGAAGACUUGCUUAUAUAUAUUGUGAAAUAUUUGAUUUGUACAUUAUUUUCAUGUCCUGUUUUUGCUUUCUUUCAACUGUAUUAUAAAACCUUUUUUUUUUUCAUUGUCCCAUUCCUUUCCCCCUCCCCGGCAUAUUUGAUUCAAUAUUUUGCCAUAUAAUUUAGCAUAUAAAUACAAUUAUAAAUAUAUAUAAAUAUAUAUAUAUAACUAUUACAAAAAUUCAAAUAUAUAUAUAUAUAUAUUUCAAUACAAACCUCUAUUAUUGUUCACCUAUGUUACCAUGCUUUGAAGAGACUAUUUUUGUGGGCUGAUACAUUCCAAGACAAUAGUUACCAUAUUUUUGUUCAGUCAUAUUUUGCUUCUAUGUUUUCAGUGCAUAGUGGUAGUUGAGAGCUGUCCUUGCACUGCAACUCCUGACAGUUACCUCCCAUUUCUUCCUUCUGUCUGUCUGUCACAAUAACGCUCUCUCUCUCUUCCUGCUCUUCUCUUGUAUGUGUUGCCAUGUAAAACCAUUGACAUAUCAGUAGAACAAAGAGUCCAUGUUAUACGAAGCUGUUGUACACAGUCUCUUGGAUGAUGACAUUUUUGUCUUUUAUAUUUCUGCCUCACCACAUUGAGUCUGGCAGGCAGGGGGCAGUGAUUACCUGCGUCUCUAGAAAGAUGGUUCAUUUCUUUUGGCAUUUGAAUUGCUUUUUGCUUUUUUGGAUAUAGAUGUUAACAUGCGUAUUUUGUAAUAUCAAGUUACAGUCUGUAGUGCAGUUGUGAAGCAAGUGGUGAGAGCUAUUGAUAAAUUGAUUUCAUUGAAACUUUAUUCAUUUUCUUUUUAUUUCAUAUGUUGUUUAUUUUUUUUUUUUAACUGAUUGAAACGGUGUGCCAAAAUGUUGAUAGACUUGAAAAGGGAAAACCUAGAAUAAUCUCUAGACUGCAAGAAAAAAUCUGAGAUAUUUUACUACCAUAUUAAACUUAUUAUAAAUGAUAUUUGUCAUUGCAAUGUUUCAAGCCUUGUUUUCCCCAACUGAAAUAUUGUCCUAAGUAAAAGCCUAGAACUUUGGUUAAUAAUGAAAUCCAGAAGUUUGAGGACAAAUUAAAUUAUUAAAUUAUUAAUUAACAGGGAUUGAUAAAUAUUUAAUAGUGUUAUUAAGAGAUUUUGAAUGUAUGUUAAAAUAAAUUGCCCACUGUCAAGGUCAUCUAAGUGUUACUUCCUGUGGAUUUAAUUGCUGGAUGCCUUGUCUAUCUAGGCCAGUACUAUAACAUUGAAUAUUUUUAUCUUCACCAAAGAGGCACAGCAGUGUUCUAAGCUUCCUCUGGGCUCAUGUUUUUCCUUUCUCCUUCUAAUUGAAUGUACCAUCAAUGUGAACUGAUUGGCCAGUUGUAAGUUGUUUUAAUGGGGAUCAAUUGAUUUGCCAGCACUGAAAUAGUUUAAACAGUUUAAGACUUGCACAGUUCAUUCAGAAUGCUUUUUCUGUUUUUAAUGGUGGUCCAAUAAAUCAAAUUAAAUAUAAAUAUACAAGUCCUGGAGUCCCUUUUUUUUUGUGUGCAUAGUUCACUCAACUUCAUUGAUUGAUACAUUUAAAUAAGUUUUGUUUUCAUAAAUAACACUUUGUACUGUAAAUUAGUAAACAAUAACAGGGAAAUUUAGCCCAAUGAUUGUUAUCAUAGCAAGGCUGACUACUAUCAAAAUUUAUUUAUACAUGUCCAGAUAGUGAAUCAAAGUUGAAAGGUUGUGAAACCAGAGGCAGAUGAAUCAACAGGCUGUAGUUGUUUUUGUCUUGUGAUAAAAUGUUUCAUUAAUGUCUUCCUAUCCAAUGUCUCAACUCCUACAAGUCAAGUUGCCUUUCUCCCUCAGUUGGACUGCAUGUCUUGAUUGAACUUCUCCUGGGCUCUAUUGUGAUGUGUUAUAAUGAAACGAACAUAACUGUUUGUCCUCUUGUGCCAUUGUCACUGUUCUUCCAUAAAAUGAGAACCUCUGGACUGUACAAUAUCAGCAUUCCUUGUUCCUAACUACAUCAAAGCAUUUUAUAUACGAACAUGUUCUACUUACAGCUUAUUGAUUUAUGCCAUAGUUUUAGUCCAAGCCAAAGUAAGCUCUAUGUGUAUACUUAGUGUCAGUAUACAAUCAUUUUGUAGUGUGACUCAUUAAAAUUUGAAAUCACAUGAACAAAAA